AUUCCCUGUCUGUGCAGCGGUGCCUCGUGUUUGCUGUGCCGAUGUUGUCCCAACAGCAAGAAUUCAACAGUGACGCGUCUUAUCUAUGCCUUCCUCCUCCUUCUCAGUACUGUUCUUGCCUGCAUUAUGCUGGCACCAGGGAUGGAAGAGCAGCUGAAAAAGAUACCUGGAUUUUGUGAUGAGGGGCUUCAUACUCGGAUACCACAUAUGGAUGGCUUUGUCGGCUGCGAUGUGUUUGUUGGAUACAGAGCUGUCUAUCGAAUCAGCUUUGCCAUGGCAGUGUUCUUCUUUCUCCUCUCUCUGCUCAUGAUAGAAGUGAAAACAAGUAAUGAUCCAAGAGCCUCGGUACACAAUGGGUUCUGGUUCUUCAAAAUAGCUGCCAUUGUGGCUAUCAUGGUUGGAGCGUUUUACAUUCCUGAAGGACCUUUCACAAGAGCUUGGUUUGCUAUUGGUAUUUUUGGAGCCUUCUGCUUCAUUCUUAUCCAGUUGGUGCUUCUUGUGGACUUUGCUCACUCCUGGAAUGAGAGCUGGGUUGAGAGAAUGGAGGAGGGAAAUUCUAAAUGUUGGUAUGCAGCUCUGCUGUCCUGUACAAGCUUGUUCUACGCCUUGUCGCUGGUUUUUGUUGUGCUUUUCUGUGUUUUCUACACAAAGCCUGAUGACUGCACUGAGAACAAGUUCUUCAUAAGCAUUAAUACGCUCCUGUGCAUUGCUGUCUCCAUUGUUUCUAUCCUUCCAAAAGUUCAGGAACAUCAGCCUCGCUCUGGCCUCCUCCAGUCCUCUGUUAUCACGCUCUACACCAUGUAUCUCACUUGGUCAGCCAUGUCCAAUGAGCCUGAACGAAACUGUAACCCAAGUUUGCUGAACAUCAUUACCCAGAUAGCUACACCCACAGUUGUUCCGGCAAAUACCACUGUCGUACCUGCUACUCCAGCUCCGCCCAAGUCCCUACAGUGGUGGGAUGCCCAGAGUGUUGUUGGAUUGAUUAUCUUUGUCCUUUGCCUCUUGUAUUCCAGCAUUCGUUCUUCAAGUAACAGCCAGGUGAACAAGCUGACGCUAUCUGGGAGUGACAGUGCCAUUCUGGAAGAGGCUGUAGGAACAGGCAGUGGGCCUGAAGAGGAGGGAGAAGUGCGCCGCGUUAUGGAUAAUGAGAAGGAUGGUGUUCAGUACAGCUACACCUUCUUUCACUUUAUGCUCUUCCUUGCCUCUCUUUACAUCAUGAUGACACUCACAAACUGGUACAGCCCUGAUGCGGAUUUUAAAACAAUGACAAGUAAGUGGCCAGCCGUGUGGGUGAAGAUAACCUCCAGCUGGGUUUGUCUCCUUCUCUAUCUUUGGACCAUAGUGGCUCCUCUUGUCCUUACUAAUAGGGACUUCAGUUAAAUUGCUGCACCUCUCUGAGCUUACAAAAGUGGGGAACUUUUUGCUGAAAGCCAAAAUGUUCAUGUAUUGCUUUAGUUAUACUGUCUAUGUCACUGUUUCUUAUGUUAAUAGCAACAUGCAGGUGGAUAGAAAGUUACAUAUUGCAUUAUGCUUGAUGCAGGAUCAAAAUUAUUAUCAAUUAUCUUCCUAUUUUAACCUUCAGUCAUGGCUAUCUUAUUGCUGCAUUUUUAAAAUUCAUUAC